AUGGCAGCAGAGGCUGAGGAAUUAGGGUUGUUUUUGACUAUAAACUACGGAUACACCGGAUAUGCCCUGAAGUUCUUAACUGGUAUCAAGCAUGAUGGGACUAUGUGUGAUACUUGUCGGCAGCAACCUAUCAUUGGCAUCCGAUGGAAAUGUGCUGAAUGCACAAAUUAUGACCUGUGCACAGUUUGCUAUCACGGGGACAAGCAUCACCUGAGGCAUCGUUUUUACAGAAUUACUACACCGGGAAGUGAAAGGGUAUUGUUGGAGUCUCGACGUAAAUCAAAGAAAAUUACAGCAAGAGGAAUCUUUGCAGGUGCCAGGGUAGUACGAGGAGUUGACUGGCAAUGGGAAGAUCAAGAUGGUGGCAAUGGGCGUAGAGGAAAGGUAACUGAAAUCCAAGAUUGGAGUGCGUCGAGUCCACAUAGUGCAGCAUAUGUUCUCUGGGACAAUGGUGCUAAAAACCUUUACAGAGUCGGCUUUGAGGGCAUGUCUGACCUGAAAUGUGUCCAAGAUGCAAAAGGAGGCUCUUUCUACAGAGACCAUUGUCCUGUGUUAGGUGAGCAAAAUGGUAACAGAAACCCUGGUGGCCUGCAAAUAGGUGACCUUGUAAACAUCGACCUUGACUUGGAAAUUGUGCAGUCAUUGCAGCAUGGUCACGGAGGGUGGACUGAUGGCAUGUUUGAAACUUUAACAACAACUGGAACAGUUUGUGGCAUUGAUGAGGAUCAUGACAUUGUAGUGCAAUAUCCAAGUGGCAACAGGUGGACAUUUAAUCCAGCUGUCCUCACCAAGGCCAAUGUUGUCCGAAGUGGAGAUGCUGCUCAAGGUGCAGAAGGAGGCACCUCUCAAUUUCAAGUGGGCGACCUUGUUAAAGUAUGUUAUGACUUAGAGCGAAUCAAGCUUCUUCAGAGAGGCCAUGGAGAGUGGGCUGAAGCAAUGCUUCCAACCUUAGGUAAAGUUGGUCGGGUCCAGCAGAUCUAUUCAGACAGCGACUUAAAGGUAGAGGUUUGUGGGACAUCUUGGACCUAUAAUCCAGCAGCUGUCUCAAAGGUGGCAUCAGCAGGAUCUGCUAUAAGUAAUGCAUCAGGUGAGAGAUUGUCCCAGCUAUUGAAAAAAUUAUUUGAAACUCAAGAAUCUGGAGAUCUUAAUGAAGAAUUGGUUAAAGCUGCUGCCAAUGGAGAUGUUGCUAAAGUGGAAGACUUGCUAAAGAGACCAGAUGUAGAUGUGAACGGGCAGUGUGCUGGACACACAGCUAUGCAAGCUGCUAGUCAGAACGGCCAUGUCGACAUUCUGAAGUUGCUUCUGAAACAGAACGUGGAUGUAGAGGCAGAGGACAAAGAUGGAGACAGGGCCGUCCACCACGCAGCCUUUGGUGAUGAGGGUGCUGUGAUUGAGGUGUUGCACCGAGGCAGUGCUGAUCUGAAUGCUCGCAACAAGCGCAGGCAGACUCCGCUCCAUAUUGCUGUCAACAAAGGUCAUCUGCAAGUUGUGAAGACUUUACUGGACUUCGGCUGCCAUCCCAGUCUCCAGGUAGUUUCAUCUAUAAUGAAUGUGGUGGAAGCUGAAACAGAAGUGCAAUGUCCUGUUGAGAAGGAUUCUGAAGGUGACACUCCACUUCAUGAUGCAAUAAGUAAAAAGCGUGAUGACAUCCUCGCUGUACUGUUAGAAGCUGGAGCAGAUGUUACUAUCACCAACAACAAUGGGUUUAAUGCUCUUCACCAUGCUGCCCUAAGAGGAAACCCUAGUGCCAUGCGUGUACUGUUGUCCAAGUUACCACGACCAUGGAUUGUUGAUGAGAAAAAAGAUGAUGGUUACACUGCCUUGCAUCUGGCAGCUCUCAAUAAUCAUGUGGAAGUGGCUGAACUUUUGGUGCAUCAGGGCAAUGCUAACCUGGAUAUCCAGAAUGUUAAUCAGCAAACUGCUCUGCACCUUGCCGUUGAACGACAGCACACACAAAUUGUUAGGCUCUUGGUCCGUGCAGGUGCUAAGCUGGAUAUUCAGGAUAAAGAUGGGGAUACUCCCCUGCACGAAGCCCUGAGACACCAUACCCUGUCACAGCUCCGCCAACUCCAAGACAUGCAAGAUGUGGGCAAGUUAAUAAUGGGACUUGGCACUCAAGGAGCAGAGAAGAAGAGUGCAGCAUCUAUUGCCUGCUUCCUGGCAGCCAACGGAGCUGAUCUCAGCAUUCGUAACAAGAAGGGUCAAUCUCCUCUCGAUCUCUGCCCUGAUCCGAGUCUCUGCAAAGCAUUGGCUAAAUGUCACAAAGAAAAAGUCAGUGGUCAGGUUGGUUCCCGAAGUCCGUCUAUGAUCAACAAUGAUUCUGAAACCUUAGAAGAAUGUAUGGUGUGUUCAGACAUGAAGAGAGAUACACUGUUUGGCCCAUGUGGACACAUUGCCACUUGUUCUCUGUGCUCACCACGGGUGAAAAAAUGCCUCAUCUGUAAAGAACAAGUUCAGUCUAGGACAAAGAUCGAAGAAUGUGUAGUAUGUUCAGACAAAAAGGCAGCGGUGCUUUUCCAGCCUUGUGGUCAUAUGUGUGCCUGUGAGAAUUGUGCAAGCUUGAUGAAGAAGUGUGUACAGUGUCGGGCAGUGGUUGAGCGAAGAGUGCCUUUCAUAAUGUGCUGCGGAGGGAAAGGUACAGAAGAUACCACUGAUGAUAUUUCAAGUGGAAACAUUCCAGUUUUGCAGAAAGACAAAGACAAUACUAAUGUCAAUGCAGAUGUACAGAAGCUGCAGCAACAGUUACAAGACAUCAAGGAACAGACUAUGUGUCCUGUCUGUUUGGACCGCCUGAAGAAUAUGAUUUUUCUCUGUGGCCAUGGAACGUGUCAGCUUUGUGGAGACCGAAUGAGUGAAUGCCCUAUAUGCCGCAAGGCAAUUGAGCGAAGGAUUCUUUUGUAUUAGAUAGUGGAACCAGUGUCUUUUAUUAGGUUGUGAAAUAUUAAGGUCAUUUUGAUGGUUUAAAUCUCUGUAAGUUUAAAAGGCAGUAAAGGGUUCUAGUGAAAACAUUUCUAAUACUGUAGCACAGGUUCAUUACAUGGUAAUUGUUUAAAGACUGUGAACACACCAAAUAAAAGAACAGUAUUUGAACAGUCAGCUUUUACCUUUACUCUUCUAAAACAUCUAAGCCUGAAGCUAAUUUAAAGCAGUCAUUUUUUUCAUUUUCUUUUUGUCUUCUUCCCCUUAAAGUUUAAAGGGACAUUCUUGUUUUGGUUUUGUUCAUGUGUACCAUAUACGUAUCAGAUGUCAGGUGAUGUAAGGGAUUUUUUUUUUUUUAUAUUGUCAGUUACUACCAAACAUAAAUAUUUAGGAUUUUUUUGGCUUUAUGCUUUUCUGGAGACUGUUGACACGUUUCCUGUGAUAGUUCUGAUUCGCAUUCAUUUCUAUCUUGAAAUAUACAAUCAUGAAAAAUCAAUACAAAUUAUAUACACACUAGUAAUAAAUAUACCAUUCCCAUAAGAUGAGGCCUCAGAAUACAAUAAGGUAAUUCUAACUUUAUCAUGCCCUUUGUUGCUGAGGAUGGCCUGGGAAGGAAAUAGUAAAAAGAAAAUCUGUUUUAGAAACAUUAGGUUCCCAAAACUGCACUUUAGUCUAACAGGUUCAAACUAGCUAACUUAAAUAGUGAACAUUGUAAUUCCACUAGUCACAUGACUUUGUACAGAAUUUCUUUUAACCUGACUGGAAAGGAAAAUGUUUGAGCAGUGGGUAGUUAUCCAUUUCGGGUGAGUGCGUUUGAUCAGUUGUAGAGGAACAUAUACAUGUGGAGCCUUUUAAAAAUUGUGGGUAUAUAAAUAAGGAAAAAUUAGAGGUUUUGCAACAUUUCCUCUCUUUUUAAGUGGGUUUUAUCAUCUCCAGGCAAACAGGGUCAAGAGCAAAAGAGAAGAUUUAAUACUGCUUAUUCAUCUGAGUUGGGUGUUAACACCAGAACUUAUCUGUGAGCAUUACUGGGUAAUACUGCAAAUGAAGAUAUUGCUGACAGAACAGUGAAUUUUGUGAGCCUUACUUAGGUGAGCUGAAUUUGGCUAAAGGAGUUUGCUGCCACUGAUGUGACAAAGAGCUGUUCCUGACCCCAAAAAUUCUAAUGUCAGGAACUGUAGACUGUUAACAUUUUGAUAACAAAUACAUCUUUUCAUCAUUCGUGAUGGUAGAAAAUAUGCUAAUUUGAGGAUCUCUUGUAGCUAAAAGGAAUGUGUACCUACUCCUAAGUGAUUCAACAGUUUUGUGAGUGCAAAGUUCAUGUAGCCCUUUGCCAUUGUGCAGACUUCAUUUGGAUGUGCUCUUGCAGGACAGUAAAGAAAUCCAUGCUGAAGUCAUUUAGGUGCCUUACUUGCAGCUAAGAUUAACUUAUCACUUAAUUCUCAUUGCAUAUGUCAAAAAUGUGGACAAAGAGAUAGUUCAGGGAAAGAUCCAAGUAAGGAUAAAGGCAUAAAAUUGUAGUCUCUUCAGAUAAAUGAAUCUUUCUUUUGAAGCUUAUGUUGCUAUGCCUGAAUUGUGCAAACGUUGGCAAAAGUCUCAGAAGAAUGGUACUAAUAAACUAUAAAGACAGACAAACCUUUAAGCAAUAAGAUUUAAACACUGAAUAGAGUUUUCCAGGAAUCAGCUACAGUGAUAUAUUGGAAAAAUGUAUGUAGAGUAGCUUUUAACAUUGCAAAGUGAUGUAAUACACAGCCUUUCUAUAGCCAUCUUUAAUCCUGCUCCAACAUUGCAAAUGUUACUCAUUCUUUUCAGUGUUUUUUCAUUGGACAGAAUCACAAUCUGGAGUCAUUAUAGUAGUCUGGUGUAUUUUGUACAUUAGUAGUCAUCUCUUCUCAGAUAAUCUGUGUAUCUGUAUUCUUGGCAAAAUGAAAUAGCCUUCCCUUUUUGCUUCUUGGGUUCCCAUCCUAAAGUACUAGAAUCUCAAGGAGCUUUGGAAAGUUUCUGAUAUAAGGCUUUUUUUUCAGUUCAGCAUUUUGCUAUCUCCACUUGAACUCUGAGUGCACCUGAGUUUUCAUGGCAAUUUUCAUUUGACCAAUGUGCAUGUCACUAAGUUUGAGGGUGGUUUUGGUUUUUUGGGUGGUGGUGGUGGGUUUUUUGGGGGGGGGAGAGGGCAGUUUUCUUUUGCUUUGAUUUGGGGUUUUUUUGGUAGCAUGUUUGACAGCUGAACUUUCUAUAGUAGGCUUCAGUUUCCUGUCAGGCUUCCCUUGGAAAUACUUCUAUAAUAGGAUAUAUGCCAUUUGACAGUCGAUUCUGAAUUUUAGCCUGUAGCGCAUCAGAUCUGUACCUUGGUUUCCUCUGUCUCUGGUAGACAUAUUUUGAAAACUGUGUCCUCUUAAUUCUUCAUGGGGACCUCUAUAAACUGCUGUAGCACAAAGGCAGGGUGGAUUUAUUCUUGAUAGGGCAACUGAAACUUCAUUAUAGCAAUUGGCAUUUUCUUAACUCUUUUUUAGUGGAACAAGCCAGAAUUACUUGAAAGUAUUCCAGCUUAUCAUGAAUUGAAAAAUUCAGCUGAGUAAGAACUGAUCUAAAGCAUCCUGGGUAGGAAACUGUAUUUGGAUGUUAAAUAUUAGUUGACUGCAGAAGGCACAUACCGUAACAUAGAUAGGUGAGUUCUCUGUUGGGCUUGUAUUUUUCAACAGAGAAGCUGUUGAAACACUCUCAGUACUUGAAUGCCAUCACAGUCCUAUGGAAACAGAGACAAUGAAGGUAUUGCUUGAGGAGCAGACUUAGUCUUCUGUACUGGAAUUACAGUGGAUGUAUGUGACUGCAUAGGAGUUUGUGAUUGGACUCAUUUGGCAAUGUUGUGUGCCAGUUGAAAUUGAAGUAUGUCAACUUGAUGCUGUUAUGGUGCUACGAGAAACAGCUGAAUUAGGAAAACUAGGUAAGUUAACCAACAGUUACAUAAUAGUUCAACUAACAGUCAAACUAUUAGUAUAGGCCUCUUAUUGACUGGUGGAAGAGCUGUAUCUUGUCUUAAGGAAGGCUACACCAUGUUUGCCUUUCAAAAACCUAAUGAGGACAAAUGUUUGCAAAUCCAGUAUUGUUUCUUGAAAUAGGUAUUUAUAUUCACACAUUGGAUUCUGAUGUAGAAGGUGAGCUGGUGUUGUUGAGGAACCUAGUGAGUUUGUUCUCUCUCUUUAGUCUGGUAUCAUCUGUGCAAUGUGCGUAGACUAAAAGUGGGUAACACAUAGUAGAAGGAUGAAAAACAGAAGUUCAGUUGGAAGCCAAAGGGUGUUACAACAAGUAGGAGAGCUGAGGAUAUAUCACUGUGCCUCUGUCUUCAGCAAAAGAUUAACAUGUAAAUCUCACCGGAGCAAAGUGAUAAUGAGAAAAAUCAGUAAGGUGUUUAAUAUACUGUAAAAUCAUAAAAUGCGAGAGUUGCAAGGUUUGUUUAUUAUGAUUAUCCCCCAGUAUUUAAUAGCAAUUUCGAAAUUAAAUGGAAUGAAAUAUCUUGAUUUGUUUCUUGAAACAAGAAGGCACCUAAUAAUACGUAUUGUUCAGAUGUGAGGUAUGCAGAGAUGUUUAAGUAAAAUACUUUCUUUUCCUUUUAGUAAAAUAAAUAAAUACUGUGACAUCAGUACACAGUGAUUUAAAGUAUAAAGACAACCUAAGAGUCUAACAGAAUACUCUAAAUAGUUGUAGCAUGUUAACUUUUAUAUAACUAUGUUUUGACUUUUUUUCCCUCCCAAACCUUCUUAUUACUUACUGCACCCCAAGCUCAUAUAGCACUUCUCAAAAUUUUGGCUCUUAGUACAGUCUCUUUUUCCUGAAAUGGAUACUGAAAACUACACUGGCAAAAUAGUAAACAAGUUACUUUGUAAAUGUCUAAGUUCCAUUAGAAGGUGGUGUUCUUAGUUUGGACUGGGUGUGGAUAUAGCAGAUUUGCACAAGUACUUGUGCCUUGUUAGCAUAGUCUUACAAUUGGUAUUUUAGCCUCUUUUAAAGAUGUGAAAUGGUCUUUCAAAAAUAAUCUAAGUACUUAUUGUGUAGAUAUUUUAUAGAGAUUAAGGUUUAUGUAUGUGUAAUUAUCUUUAGCAGUAUUAAUUGCAGUUUGUGUAAACACUAAAUUGUUUGAAGAAGCUGCUUUAAGCUAGUGAUCUGAGCUUCCUCUACAAAAUUAAAUGUACCAGAAAUUUAUUUUACUCUUCCAGUAGCAGCUGAUGAACCGAAGAACCUAUCCUGUUCUUUGUGCUGCAUGGGUCAACUUUUCACUUAAAAAUCCCCAACAACACUUACAGCCUAACCUUUAGCAGUGCUACCUCCUUUCUGUCAAAGUGCUGAAUUCUUCUCUAGCUGUUCUUUGUCUUCGGGAAGGGAUGGGGAAUGCAUCAGUUUUGUUUUGCUUUGUUUUGAUGUAUGAAUACAUUUUCAAGGUUUUUUACUGACUGUAUAAAUUACGUACAAUAGCAGUGUGUGAUUUGCCACAAUGUACAUUGUAUAGCUUUCUUGCAUAAGUUGCUGGAAUUCUUACUGUUGUCUUUUUGUGCAUUUCAUAACUUUUUUGUGUUGACAAAGCAGAACUGUUAUCUCCAGAAGUUUUAGUAUGUGUCAUUUUUAUAGCUAACCCUGUGGUAAAUACGCAAGUUCUGACUCAGGGCUUUUUAACAACUUAAACACGUUCACAAUAUUCUUCAGCACAUCUUGGAGAAUAGUAGAGAUUUAAUGACUGUAUAGUGCCUUGAUAGAACUAUUGAAUGGGCAUCAGCCAUAGAGUCUUUACAGGAUGCAAGUAUCUUUUGAUUUCAGUUAAUGAGUUGAUGUUAAUAUAAUUGUAAUACCCCUGCCAUGGGUUUAUAAACUUGUAUAUACUUUCUGUAAAGGAAAAUCAUCAAAUUUAGGUAUUGUUAAGCUUUCUGAAACCUAUUUGAUUGUUGCACUGGUCAUGGGGGCCUGAAGAGCAUAAUAUUGGAAUUUACAGAAGCAGCUUUUAUGUCAAAGAUGUGAUAAAAUGUUCUGAAUGUGACAUUUUUAGUGUGAGAGGUCAUUGUCUCAACGAACGUGUAAAAUACCUGCUUUACUCUGAUCCAGUAAGUCUUUUAUAAGAGAGAGAAAAAACUGACAACAAAUCAGUAUGUUUGCAUGCCAUUUCAUAGUUAGAAAACUGUUUUGGUCUCAUUUUGAGCUUUUAGGAAAUACUUUCUUUGUCCCAAGCUUAGUGUCUUUAUGAAUGCAAACUGUUAAUGUUAGAAAACAGGUUUUGCUGAACCGCAGGAACAUUUUUGCUUUUGUUAAAAUCAACUUUGUAUUUUCAGGAAAUUGUAGAUUUUGUCAUGACUGUUCAUUGGAGAAUUUUAAGGUUGCCUGUAACGAUUUCUGUAUGCAGAUAGCAUUAUAUAAUAUAUAAUUGCUUCCUUUAAAACUGUUUAGCAAGGUCUAAGUUUUUCAGAGGAAAUGCUGAUGGUUAAUAAAACUUGUCAUAUAAGAUGUAUACUGACUCUUUCAAAAGCUUUGACUUGAAAGUGUAAUUGGACCGAAUUAAUACUGAUUUUUGUGCACACAGCAGUGGGAAAGGAGUGGUGGCUCAUUUGUCUUCCUCCUUCUUGGUUGUAGUGAUGUUAGAUGUCACCAUGGAAUUAGAAAAUUGUAUGCUUGAAAGAAUGUUUGUGAACUCAGUUACUUGUUGGCAUACAGUAUUUAAAAGUGCAUCAGACUUUAUUGAGAAAGUUUGCAAUCCAAACUUUUAAAAAAAUUUGCUGCUUCUUUAUCUCUGAAGAGUUUAUAGAAGCAUCAGAAGUGCUACGUGCCUUUGAAUCUCCCAUACACUCAAACGUUGUUAAAGCAGCACAGUAGAAUUGUGAAGGGUGGAUUAUGUUGUAACAACAAAAAGGUUGAUUUAAAAUUUUUAUGUGUGACAUAUGUGCAAAUUUUUCUGUAAAUAUGCAGUUCAUAGUACUGACUAGAGCUGCUGUUAAGUGUAUGUUAAAUUCUGUGUUUAUGUGUAAUUGAAUGGCCUUUCCAGAUCUGGCUACGUGAAUGUGAUCAUUUAAACAUCUGCCAGAUACAGUAACUUCCAUAUUCUGAGACAACAGAUGCUGCAUCAUAGUUUAUACUUCUAGGAUUCAAUUUAAUGGAUGCAUUUGAAAGUGUAUGUAAUCAAAGGCAUCAAAACCAACCUAACUUAAGUGACUUAGUGUUUUAAUUUAUCAUAGUGUACAGGUGAAAAAAUGAACUGACAGAAUAAAAACUUUGUUGCUCUCUU